AUAAUGGUCACAUGUGCUGCAAAAGGAUGUAGGAACUCAAAUGCAACUGGAUCAAAAAUGUGUAACUUUCCAAGAGAUCCACAGCGAUUAUGUAUAAUGGCUGGCAAAUUGUGGAUUGGAAAAUAAAAAGUUUAAUUAUUAUGCUGCAUUAUGCAAGUUUCACUUUACAGCUGACAUGUGGGAGAAACAACAAUUUGAUGGAUGUAAAAAAUUAAAAUCGUCUGCGGUGCUAACAAUAUUUGGCGAGCUUGUGAAGCAGCAAGAACGUCAGGAAAUCAUUAAUACGCCAACAAUAUUUAUCGAAAUUGAAGAAGAAGUUAUUAUAUCGAUACUAAUUGUAUCAGCAAAUAAAGAAGUGGAAAUAUUACAAAGCGAACCCGAAAUUACGAGAAGUCCAGCAGCUAAUGUUUCCGACAAGAAACAGACAAUGCUCAACACACAAACUUGUAGCUUUGAAAAUUAUGGUCCAGAUGCUACCAAGAACAAAAUCUUACAUGAAGAGACUCAUAUUGUAAUGGGUGAAACUAAGGGUAAAACUGAACAUGAGUCGACUACUUCAGGCAAACAAAUUUGAAAAAAAUGUCAGCACAUGAUUAAAUAAACAAUAAAAUAAAUUAUAAUUCAUGGUUAUUUAAAACAUAUACUAACAAUAAAUAUAAGUUAACAUGUCAAGUCGGACAAAUUGCAAUAAAGUAUAAUGUUACACAAA